AUGGCAGCCAACCCAGAACAGGUUUUGAGGGACGUCAAGGUCUUGGGUCCUCUCAACGACAAGACCAAAAACAUCUUGAGCAAAGAUGCCGCCGUUUUCCUUGCCUUGCUUCACCGAACCUUCAAUGGAACCCGCAAGGCCCUGCUUCAGCGACGGAUGGCCCGUCAGGCCGAGCUCGACAAAGGUUACCUUCCGGAUUUCCUUCCUGAGACCCGACACAUUCGCGAGGAUGCUACAUGGAAGGGAGCUGCCCCUGCACCGGGUCUCGUCGACCGAAGGGUAGAGAUCACUGGUCCUACCGAUAGGAAGAUGGUCGUCAACGCAUUGAACUCGGAUGUAUGGACCUAUAUGGCGGAUUUCGAAGACUCGAGCGCCCCGACCUGGGACAACAUGAUCAAUGGUCAACUCAACCUCCACGAUGCCAUCCGCAGACAGGUGGACUUCAAACAAGGAGAGAAGUGGUACAAACUGCGAACGGACCAGAAGCUGCCGACUCUCAUUGCCCGUGCCCGAGGCUGGCAUCUAGAGGAGAAGCAUUUCACCGUGGACGGGGAGCCCAUUUCCGGAGCGUUGUUUGAUUUUGGUCUGUACUUCUUCAACAAUGCCAAAGAGCUCGUCAAGCGGGGUGCUGGCCCUUACUUCUAUCUCGCCAAGAUGGAAAGCCAUCUGGAGGCCCGACUCUGGAACGAUGUCUUCAACCUGGCGCAAGAUUACAUUGGCAUGCCGCGGGGCACCAUCCGUGGAACCGUGCUGAUCGAGACCAUCAUGGCCGCUUUCGAGAUGGAUGAGAUCAUCUACGAACUCCGCGACCACUCUUCCGGCCUCAACUGCGGCCGUUGGGACUACAUCUUCAGCGUCAUCAAACGCUUCCGCCAAAACCCCAACUUCGUCCUCCCCGAUCGUUCCGCCGUCACCAUGACUGUCCCCUUCAUGGAUUCUUACGUCAAACUUCUUAUCAAGACCUGCCAUCGCCGCGGCGUGCACGCCAUGGGCGGUAUGGCUGCCCAGAUCCCCAUCAAGGACGACCCGGUUGCCAACGACGUCGCCAUGGAGUCUGUCCGCGCCGACAAGCUUCGCGAGGUGCGCGCCGGCCACGACGGCACCUGGGUCGCGCACCCGGCCCUCGCGAGCAUCGCGACCGACGUCUUCAACACUCACAUGCCAACGCCCAACCAGAUGCACGUGCGUCGCGAGGACGUCCACAUCACCGCCAACGACCUCCUCAACAUGAACGUGCCCGGCCAGAUCACCGAGACCGGCAUCCGCAAGAACCUCAACAUUGGCCUCGGCUACAUGGAGGGUUGGGUGCGCGGCGUCGGCUGCGUCCCCAUCAACUACCUCAUGGAGGACGCCGCCACGGCGGAGGUGUCACGGUCGCAGCUCUGGCAGUGGUGCCGACACGGCGUUUCCACCGCCGAGGGUAAGAAGGUGGACAAGAGCUACGCCAUCAAACUGCUGCGGGAGCAGGCCGAGGAGUUGGCGAAGAAGGCCCCCAAGGGCAACAAGUAUCAUCUGGCCGCCAAGUAUUUCGAGAGCCAGGUGACGGGCGAGGACUAUGCGGAAUUUUUGACCUCGCUCCUCUAUAACGAGAUCACUAGCGUCCAGAGCCCAACCCCAGCUGCGAAGCUAUAA